AUAUAACUUCCAUUAUAUGUACAGUCUAGACACUGUUAAAUGGCGUAUCUAAGCACUCAUGGAGAAUGCCCUGAAAUGAAACGAAUCAACGAGUGUCUGAAAAAUUGUUUGAAAAAUAUUUUGAGGAAUGAAAUCUGGGCAUCAAGGAUAUCCCAGAUCAAAAGAUUUUGAAGAUCAUUAAUUCUAGUGUUUAACAUGAGAGAACAUUUGUGAAAAUGUGUUCAAGAACUAUUUCAGCGAUUACAUUUUUUGCAUAUUUGAUGCUCUUCUUGUUCCAAUUCACAGUAUCAGAAAAGAAAGAUGGCUGCUACCCUGGGAACUACCGUAUGUUGGGGAAGGGAUAUCAAUCAGACUCUAACUGCACUGAAAAGAGCAAACUUUUUCGUAGAAGUUUACGACAUUGCAUUACAUCAACAUGUAAUUUUAGUGACAUAAACAUGGUCAUAAUGAAACGUUAUAUGCAUCAAAACUAUUCUUGUAGUAUGUAUACAUGUGCAUCAAAUGUUAAUGCAACCGAUUGGGAUCAUGGAUGGCAAAAGAAAAAAAAUAUAAGAAUGUGGCUUAUGCGUUACCACACCCCUCUUCACCAAAAUGUGGAAACAAAUUCUUUAUAAAGAGGACCUGGAAGGAACCUCCAAUAAAGGUUCCAGACAACUGUGUCAAAAAGUUAAACAGUAAGAAAGUUACUGAUGUUGCUCUCUGUUUGACACACAGUCACUUGAAAGCAAAUGUUAUUGACUUCUUUAGAGACACUGGAAGAUGUAGACUACUGCGCUGCAAUUGGAUUAUCCAGCCAUGGCAACGUAACAGCCUCUUCAAGCAUGUUUUCACACCAUCUAAUGAAAUGGAUACAUUUACCUUAGCAUCAAAUGACAGAUCGAAAACAACCUUGAACAACCAUAAACUACAAACAACCAGGAACAAUAAACCUAAUUUCAAAACACCUGAAACCAUAAUGACUGAAAUCGCCAUCACAAAAUCAUCAAAACAUGUAACAGCUACAACAGAAAGUUCUAAAAAUGACAAAGAAACUUCAAACCAAACUUUACCAUCUUCAACAGAACAACUGGAAUUCAUCAGAAAAGAAAAUUUUGACUUCAAAACACUUGCCAUGAUCAUGAUUGGUAUAAGUACAGCAUUGUUCAUUGCAUUAAGUGCUCUAAUAGUUGUUUUCCUUUAUAUAAGACAAAGAAACGCUAGAAUGAGAAACAUGGCACCUAGGUACAAUCAGCAGCAUGAGAAUGCAAAUGAAAUAAAUGCAGCCGAGGAAGCAGUCCAAGCAGACUUAAUCAGACCAAAUGGUAGAAAUCCUGUGGAAAAUGAUGAUAUACAUCAUGAAGUAAUUCCACUCAGACGAAUACAGAAUGUAUACAAUGAAACUCAAAUUUAAUAUCAAUCUAUGCAACAGUAACAGUAAACU